CAGGUGAGCGCGCGCAGCUGUGCCGGGCGGCUCCGUGACCGUGGAUGGAGGAGGUCUGAGUCCGGUGGUCGGCGCUGCACAGGGGGGCAAAGAAAACCCGGUUCCUCCGUCUGAGAAUGAGAACUGAACAGUCAGAAAAUGGAGAAAACUCUACGAACUCGCAGAGCGAGAUGCUGAUCAACCAGCUGAGGGAGAUCACUGGCAUCCAGGACCAACAGAUUCUCUACAGAGCUCUGAAUGCCAGUCAGGGUGACAUUGGACAUGCCGUUGGCCUCCUGACAGCCCAGACAGCAGAAGUUCAGGACUCUGGAGAACCACAGGAGUCGGGGACGUCUGGAGAGGUGGCGUGGGAUGACCAGAAAGGACUCCCUAAAGAUGAACUCCAGACCGCCAUCGAGCUCAGCCUGCAGGAAUCUCACAAUGCUCAGGAGGAGGAGAGAGAGUUUCACAGGGCUCUGGAGGUCAGCGCUGAGGAGAACGCAGCCAGAAUGAAGAGGAAGAGGUGCGAGGCCCAGAGCGACAUGUGCAGCCCUGCAGACUGGAUCCGCCAGGAUGAUUGGCCCGUUGGCAUCCGCAAUGUCGGAAACACCUGCUGGUUCAGUGCUGUCAUCCAGUCGCUGUUCCACCUGCCCGUGUUCAGGAGGCUGGUUCUCAGCUACCAUCUGUCUGAGCGAAUGCUGGAGAAGUGUAAGAGCCACUCGGACAAGAGGAACAUCGCCUUCAUGCAGGAGCUCCGCUGUCUGUUCGCCCUCAUGGUCGGCUCCACUCGCAGGUUUGUGGAUCCUUCGGCUGCCGUGGAGCUACUGCGAGAUGCCUUCAGGACCAGCGAGGCCCAGCAGGAUGUCAGUGAAUUUUCCCACAAACUUCUUGACUGGCUGGAGGAUGCCUUUCAGCUGGCUGCCAAAGGAAAUAACACAGAAGACAAACAACACAACCCCAUGGUCCAGCUUUUCUAUGGCACCUUUGUGACAGAAAGAAGACUCGAGGGUAAGACGUUGUGUAACAUCGAACAGUUUGGACAGUAUCCCCUGCAAGUCAACGGCUUCAGCAACCUGGACGAAUGUCUGGAAGGCGCCAUGGUGGAGAAGGAGAUCGAGUCUCUGCAUUCGGAUAACGGCGUCACGUCUGGUCGCGAGAGAUGGUUCAAAAAGCUUCCACCAGUCUUGACAUUUGAACUUUCUAGAUUUGAAUUCAACACCCAGCUGGGGCGCCCGGAGAAGAUACACAAGAAGCUGGAGUUUCCUCAGAUCAUUUACAUGGACAGAUAUCUCCAUAAAAACCUGGAACAGACCCAUGAACGGAGAGGAGAAGUGAAAAAACUUAAGGAGCAACUUGCGGUCCUUCAACAGAAGGUUGAGUGCUAUAAAAACUAUGGCUCAGGACCUACCAAGUAUCCUCUGGCCGACAUGCUCCAGUUUGUGUUGGAGUUUGCCACCACCAAGCCCACCAGUGUUUCCCCGACCGAAGAUCCGAGACUAGCGGCAUCUUCACCGACACCUACAGGCCUCCCUCUGAGUGAAACCAUCUCCAAAGAUACCAGUGAACCUGGAGUAACAGAUUCCUCAGAGGGUCUGGUUUCCAGUGUUUCCAGUUGCCAGCGGACCCCCAUAUACAAACCUUUCACCCAGUGCAGAUACCCCAUUGACUGCCCCCCACACCCAGCACCCCACAGCAUCACCGAAGAAGAGCUGCACUUUGUUAAAACCUGCCUACAGCGCUGGAGAACUGAAGUAGAGAAUGAUAUAAAUGAGCUAAAGGCCAGCAUCGACAGGCUCUCUCAGACGCUGGAAGGCAUGUACUCAGACAACAGCCUCUGCCAGGUGCCCUACAGACUCCAUGCGGUGCUCGUCCACGAAGGCCAGGCGUCGGCGGGACAUUACUGGGCUUAUAUCUACGAUCACGCAAACCAGCGCUGGAUGAAGUACAACGAUGUAAGCAUCACCGAGUCGUCCUGGGACGAGCUGGAGAGAGACUCCUUUGGGGGAAUGACCAACGCCAGCGCAUACUGCCUCAUGUACAUCGACGACAGGCUGCCACACCUUAUCACAGAAGACACAGAUGAUGAGACCGGCCAGGUGCUCCACGGCAUGGACUCACUGCCGGCCGUCCUCAGACGUUACGUCCAGGAGGACAACCGCUGGUUCCAGCAGGAGCUCAGCGAAUGGGAGGAGCAGUUCUGCCAGACCGCCACGGCCCAGGAGGAGUUCACCACGGCCUCCGCAGAGCCCCCGAACCCCAGCUUGGACAGCGUACAGCAAACGCCUGUGGAACCAGCGCCCCAGUCAGGACCCCCCACUGAAGAACCAGACCAGGAAGCUGCUUCAGAGACACAACCAGAGACAGAAACAGAGAAGGAUCCAGAGCCUGAUACCAGGGAGAAGCCUGAAGAAGAAUCAGAGUUAUCGCCUCCACCAGCUGAGAGUCCUGGCAGCCGGCCAGCCGUCACCGAUACCCUGGAGCCCGGCCAGAGCUCCACCUCUGCUGAGAAGGAGCUGCAGAGCCAGACUCCUGAUGCAGAGCUCAGUAGUGAGGCACCAUCUGACCUCCAGGUGGAGAAGGAGGACGUGGAGGCGACGGGCUCUGGAGCCAACGGAGAGCCGGAGGCCUCCAGAGAUGCUCCUGAAGCAGAGCAGAGAGACGAGGAGCAGCAACAGGAAGCUCCGGCCAGACAGAGACAGACCGAGAAUGAGGUCUCAGAGGUGGAGAUCCCCAACGUGGGCAGGAUCAUGGUGAGGGCCGACGCUGACGGAUACAAUGAAGAGAUGAUGCUAACUCCAGCUAUGCAGGGAGUCAUUCUAGCCAUUGCCAAGGCGAGACAAACGUUUGACAAGGAAGGUCCUGAGGCCGGCCUCAUCAAGGCCUUCCACGAAGAGUAUUCCCGCUUGUACGAGCUCUCCCAGGAGGAGGCCACGCCUCAGGAGGACGCCCGUCUGCAGCACGCUCUGGUCUACUUCUUCCAGAAUAAAGCGCCCAAGCGUGUUAUUGAGAGGACGCUGCUCGAGCAGUUUACUGACCGCAACCUCAGCUUCGACGAGAGAGCCAUCAGUAUCAUGAGGGAAGCCCGGGCCAAGCUGCGCCUCAUCAAACCAGAAGAUAUGGACAUGGAUGAAUAUCUGCAGUGGCAUGAUGACUACCGGCUGUUCAGGACGGUGUUCGUCUACCUGCUGAACGGCCUGGAACACUACCAGCAUGGGAAGAUGCGGGAGGCGUUGAACUACCUGACUCAUGCUUACGAGACCAACGGCAGCCUGCUGAAGAACGGAGACAAACGGGGCGUGGACAAGUCUCUGAUUGCAGUUUAUAGGAGGAAAUGUCUGACUGCAUUAAAUGACAGUGCAUCACGGCUGUUCUGCAGCGGGGAGGAGGGAAAAGUGGAGGAGGGCGUGGCCAUCAUGGACGAGGUGGUGAUUCCAUGUCUUCACCUGAUGAGCCGAGACUCGUCCUUAUCCCAAGAAGACCGGGACGCAAUGGAGAGCAUCCGCAGCCACUGGUGCUGCUGCCUGGGCCGGGACAUGGAUGACUCUCUGCAGGUGAAGCUGGGUGAGCUGCUGCCCAGAGUUCUGGACGGUUCCACCGAGACAGUGGUGCUCAAAGACCCGCCCAAAGUCCACGUGAACCAGGCCCACGACCUGUGCAGCCGCCUGGCUGCCGUCAUGGAAUCCAUCCACAACACCUCAGUAGUCAUUGUUAAGUAAAGUCCUGAAUAAAACCUCCACGACCUCUUUGAAACGUGCAUCUAAACUGCAAGCAUCAAUGUGCUCUGAGGAAGGGUUGAGACGGAGGGUAGCGGUACGACAGAUUGUAGAUUUUAGUUGCUGGUUUGGCACUUUUUUAAAGAAACUCCUCAGAAUCAUCAAAUAACCGCCUCGAUUUUCUCCUCAGGUGCUUUCAAGCUGUCAGAAACUAAACUAACAGAACGUUCAAGUCAUCAGGGCCUUAAAACAGCAGCAGGUUUUGCAAAAAAAAAAGGCCCAAAGGAUAGAAGUCCAUCAUAUUUCUCUCACAUAACCUGCAAAACCGACAACUUUAACCCUCGUGUCGUCCUGCGGGUCAAAAUUGACCUGUUUUAAAAUUUGAAAAUGUGGAAAAAAUAAAUAUUUUCACAGUGAAACUUCUGAUGUCCACAUUUUCAACAUUUUUGGGAAAUUUUUGAACAUUUUUUGGUGGAAAACAGGAAAAGUUAAAAAUGUUUCUUAAGAACAUUCACAAAAAAUCAACCAAAAUCCAGCAAAAUUCUGUGGAUUUUGGCUGAUUUUUAUGUGAAUGUUCUUGAUUUUUUUUUUUUUAAGUUUUACUGAUAUAUAUGUAAUCACUUUAGAUAUUUUCAGGAUUUUUUUUGGAAGAUUUUUACUAAUUUUUGAAAAUAUUUUCUUGCCAAAUUUGGGGGAUUUAAAAAAAAAAAAAAAAACCUUUCAACAUUUUUGGGAACUCUGAACAUUUUUUGGUGAAAAAAAUAUGUUGAAAAUGUUUCUUAAGAACAAUCACAAAAAAAUCAACCAAAAUCCAGCGAAAUUCGUUGAUUUUUAUGUGAAUGUUCUUAAAGAAAAUAUCAGAAGUUUUACUGAUAAAUAUGGAAUCACUUUAGAUAUUUUUAGGAUUUUUCUGGAAGAUUUUUACUCAUUUUUUGAAAAUAUUUGCAAGAAUUUUCUUGCCAUUUAAAAAAAAAUAAAACUUUUAAGGGAAACUUUUAAGGAUUUAUUGGAAUUUUCUUCCUGAAGGUUUUUCAAAUUUUAAGAAAUUUGUGGAAUUUUUUUGCAGAUUUUUUGGAUUUUUUUCAGACAAAGAAACAGGAUUUUUUGGUGCCUGUAAAUGAGGACAACAGGAGGGUUAAUGCAGUUAUUUUUUCACUUUCUGGCUCUUUUUUGACUCACAAAGCACAUUUCUAUGAAGCUUUCUACUCGUUCAUUUAAAUGUUUCACUCACCAGCCAAACAACUGGAGGCAUUAACUUCUAACAGGCCCCCUGAAAAGUUCAUACAUGGACGUGUUUUAGUGGCCGGCUCGCUUUUUAACUUGAAAUCCUGACAACAAUUAGGCCGUCGCUCAACUCUGCUGGAAGUAAACUGACUGAAAGGAUGUCGCUGAUUGUGUUGCUGAGCAGUGAAUGCACAAUGAGGCCUUUUGUUUAUUUUUUUCCAGGGCUUAGAAACACUAGAUUUGCACCUGCACAGCGACACACACAGUUUAUUGUCUGUUUUUAAAUAUGUUUUAUAUUGCUUUGUAUUUUUCCAGAACAGGUUUUAGGAAAUGUUGCACAUAGAUGAAGCUAGUAAGAAAGAAAUCUGCUCUAGUAUGCAAGAAAACGUUAAUUUCAGAUGUGCCUUUGCUCUGCAAACCAUGUAGGCUGUUUGAAACGAACACGAUCGAAACUUUUUUCUUGUGAAUGAAUCAGGAUUUUCAGGCCAGCUCCUGUAACAGCAACUUCUGGCUGCUGAUUUCACUGUUUUUUUUUCACUUGUACGCUAUAAUGAUACUCAAUAAAUGUUUUAAAUACUC